AUGGUUCAGGAUUUGCCUGUUUUUGCUCUUCAGGACGAUAGGGCUGUUGAAGUUGUGGGGGAACCAACAAGUGUUCAUAAAUCCUUGGAGCUGAUUGCAUCACACCUCAGAAAGUUUUUGGUUGAUCGUAGCAUCAUCCCAUACUUCGAAAGCCAGAUGCAAAAGCCAACUCGCCAGAUGGAUCAUAUGCCGCCUCCGCCAUCACACCAGUCCUGGGGUCCACCUCAAGGCCAUGCUCCAAGUGGUGGAGGAGGAGGUCCUGGCUAUGGUCACAACCCAGCUCCAUAUAUGCAACAACCUCCAAGACUUGAUAGUUACUAUCCACCUCCAAUGGAGAAGCAACCUCAUCAAGGUAUAUCUGCAUAUGGAAGGGAGACUCCUAUGAAUGUGCAUGUCUCAUCGGCCCCACCUAUGGCCGCUCAGGCAGAUGCCGUGAUUGGGACAUCAGGUUCAAACAUAAGCUACACUCGUCGUCUUAGCGGAGCAACAGUUACCAUUCAAGAAACAAGAGGAGUACCUGGUGAAAUGACUGUUGAGGUUAGCGGAACUAGUUCACAAGUCCUGGCCGCUAUGCAGCUUAUCCAGAACUUCAUGGCUGAAGCUGGAGCACCCGCACCGGCACCAGCACAACCGCAAGCUGUAGUGGCACCAGAGCAGCAAGGCUAUAACCCCUACGCAACACAUGGCUCAGUCUAUGCAGCGGCGGCUCCGACGAACCCGCUUUGA